GGGAAGUAUGACAGAUGAGGCUGAUCCGCACGCGAUGAUCACCGUUUGCAUAGAUGAAAACACCUCUCGAUAUACAAGAGUUAUUUCAUCAUUAGAUGGGGAAAGAUAUUCCUGUGGACUGCUUUUAUUUCCAACUGUGCUCGUUGAAUAAUUUGACACCCUGCUUGAAUCUAUACUAAACCCAUGGCAGAGCCAGACGUGGAUUAAAGCACUGACGGCCCCAUCAACACCGAGUGGUUGACGGAGAAGUGCAUUGGCGAUAAAAAUUAGCAAGAAUACGGUCAUUAAAGUAACCGAAGAGCCACGUUUUAAGGACUAUGGACACCUUGUCCCAGAACUCCAGGCUUGAGUGCCAAAUCUGUUUCAACUACUUCAGCCAACGGCGCCGACCCAAACUCCUGCACUGCCAGCAUACCUGCUGCUGCGAGUGUCUGAGCCAGAUGCGGCUCAGCCAGAGAGAGCUUCGCUGUCCUUGGUGUCGUUGUGUGACACAGAUCCCUGGCGGACUUUCGGUCUCCCAUCUUCCAGACGACCCGGAAGUACUUUCCAUUAUCAGUCUGUCUCACUCCUCUGAGCACACUCCCAUCUUUAUACACUUACCCAACAGCGGCUGCUACCUGCUGCCCCUCCCUCUGGACACAGAUGAGGCGUUGCUUCCCGGACAACCAGCAUGCCGAUUUGGCCCUAAAAGCGUUGGGGUGUUAAACAUCUCUGAUGGCGGGAGCCUCGUGCUGGGGGGCGACACAGGUGAGGAGGGGAUGGAGGAGGAGGAGGAGGAAGAGGAGGAGGAAGAGGAGGAGGAAGAGGAGGUGGCAGUUAAGACCACAGCAUGGACGGGGGUUUGCACUGUGCUACUGGUGGCAUUCAUUUUGAUCUUUCUGCUGGGUAUUGUGUUACAUAACAUGUCCUGCGUGUCCAAACGCUUCACUAUUAUUUCCUGCGGAUGAGACCGAGUCAUCAAAUUCACUUGUAAAGGACCAACCAAUAUGGCUCGGAAUCGCUUAUGAGAUUUCAGAUUUGAUUGUGAUUAUGUACAUCACAUAUCUCUGGUGACUAAUGUAUACGGUAGAUGAGCAGAAGGGAAUGAAAGAAGUCAAGGGCACAAUCUAUGCAAUUUGGGGUAUUUCAAAAGUCUGCGAAAGUCCUGAUUCGUUCAUUUGUAGGGAAUUUGUUAAAUUAAUGUGCAGAAAUGUCAUUAAAGUAUCUAGUAGUAUUGACUCCAUGUAUUUGCAUGUCUUGUAUGUACCUGAGGGAAAUUAACUUGGUCUCUAAUACUACAGUAGAGUUGUGCGUUAUCGACAUUCUGUAGGAGUUGUGCAGUUUGUCACUGAACACUAAAAUUGAGAAAUGAAUUUACAUAUUGCUACAUAGCUGCACUGCUUUUAAAUAAUGUUUAUUGCUGUGUUUGAUUGCUGUAUGUCUUAAGGUGUUUCAUCAAAGCAGUUUCUUUAAAAUGCCACAAAUCAAAUGGUUUUUAUUGGUAACAAGCUAUUAUUUUUGUUUUUUUU